UUGGUAAAUUUAUACGAAAUUUAAUCUACCGGAAAGAAUUUUUGUCGAUUAUUCAAUUUUGAUUGGAUAUACACUCAUCAUGGAGAAGGAAAAACAUCUUUGAUACCAAAGAUGUCCGUUUAAAAGAAGCUUUCAGUAUAUUCUGAAGGAAGAAGAGGCAUUCCUUAUGCCUGUUUAUGAAAAGUGUUCAUAUUGUCUUCUUCCCUAGUGUCUGGAGUUAGUUUCUAAGAUAAGUUUUUGUGAAUGAAAUAAUCCUUUGUUAUUGGCAUGUCUUCAAAUUUCAUCAGAAUUACCAUCAGAAGUUACGGACAAAAAUUUUGAGCAUGCCUCAAAUUUCUAAUUGCAUUUUUUUUUGCUUAUUUUCCAAACUUACAGCCAAAAGUUGUUGAUAGAGAGGAUUAGUAAUCUUGGAGAACUCUGCUAAUAUAGCACCUGUGAGCAAAAGUUCUUUCCGACAUGAAGCUGAAUCCCUUUUUAGUUGCUAUUUUUUGAAUUUUGUCAAAAAUGUAUGCAAAAUUUUAACUAAAAGUACUUUUUGUAAUUGGCCACACUUUCUUACAAAAAUCUAAAUCUACCAAUCAAGAUGCUACUCUUUAACGUUGUCAUAACUAAAUAACUUGAGAGGGAGAAAGAGACUAAGGGUGGCUCAAGAAGAAUAAUUUUACAUCUUUCAUUGCUCCCUUUCAUGUAAGCCAUCUACACUAUCAUGAUUGUUGACAUUAGAGUCAACGAAUACUUCCGACCCUUAUGUUACGUGCACAUCAGAUGUAAUAAACUGCACGAAAUGCUAUCGUGACAAAAUUGGAUUACUUUAAUCCAUUAUUGGCAGCUUUUUAUGUCCGAUAUAAUUCUGAGCCCAACUUCCAGAGUUGUCCAGUUAGGCUAAAAUAACUCCAUUCUAUGGAACUUCAUACUGCUCAGUUUUCUGAAACAGAAAGAAGGGAGGGCCACUAGUUUCACCAAUCCAAUUCGUGGCUGAGGUUCUCAAGAAUAACAAGUUUGAUUGCAUAAUAGUUGAAAAUUUGCUCUCAGCUGAAAAUUGUGAGCUUAAACGAAGUUUGCCAAAUGUUUUCUGAGAUACAAUAAUCUGUGUCUCAGUAAAGCAAGUUAUAAGCAGAUUAACAUGAAUUAAACUUUAAACUGCAUCCAGGGUUGGGACUCAGAUGUCAUCUCUCUGGUUAAAUAAAUCUGAAUGAGAUCUGAUGUUUUGGUAACAGAACUCUCAACGUUGCGCAACCAAUCUCAAUAGGGUUAGCUUCAAACUAAGGAGACCAAGAGGCUCUGUUCAUCUUCGCAUUGUAAAAAUAACUUAUAGAAGCUAUUUACCUUCAAUAUCAGCAAUCUGCUACUCAGGAGCAAGAAUUUUUAUGAUAAAAAUAUUGUCAGAUUUUUAGGAAUUUAGACUAAAAUAGUAUAUAAACUCUUUUGGGUUUGAGAUUAUAAUAAAAAUUUAGAAAGUAAGUUCCUAAUCUCCUAAAUUAUCUGAAGUUCUCGAGCGUUUUUCACUCAAAUCAGCCUCUAAUAACACCGUGUAGAUCGAUAUAAGCAUAAUGCCAGCUGCUCAAAUAAAAAGAAAGAGAAAUGAGAAAUUUGAGGACAAAGAAAACAUCUUAGAAAUCCGAAAAGAGAAAAACAGAGAAAAAGCUCAGAUCUUUAGACAAAGAAAGAAGGAAUAUAUUACCUCACUUGAGAACAAAGUGAAAGAGCUUGAAGCCAAGGUUUAUGACCUCACACUUAAGUUAGAGAGUUAUCAGUAUGAAAAGAGUCUAUCAUCUUUGCAUGAAGGUGAAUUGUUUGCUGAGCUCGAUUCCAUCAACUUUGGGGACUCACCAACUUACUCAAAAAGUGAGGAAGUCCUUGAUGUUGAGGCUAUGUGAGGGAAACAAGAGAAGUUAAUGCUUCUCUUUAACAAAACUCCAGUCAAAGAGCACAGCGAUUCCUUCAAAUACUUUGGAAAAAUGGGAAGUUAUAUGAAGACUGAGAUCCUUCAUAGAGAUAACCUCAAUAUCGUGGAAAGAUUCUUACUUGAUUGUGAUAUGACACCAGAUCAAAUUCAGAGAGAUUUCCAAAACUAUAAUAUUUCGCAACUAAAUAAGGCAAUGAAGAGUGUUGCCGAGACAAUUAUCGAUACCAAAAGAAAUUAUGAAUGCUUGAAGAAAUUAUCAACGAAAGCACUUGAUUGAAUCUUGAAGAACUUUGAUCGCUCACAGAUUCACAAGUUUGCUAUUCUGUCAGAAGAGCUAACAGAGAGAGGAGAGUUAACAGCUGCUAAGAUAUGGCAACUUGAAGGCCAAGAAGAUGUGAAGCCAUCGCCAUAUUCCAACUUUUAAAACCAAAAAAUAAUAUUUAAUA